AGAUAUCAGGAUGUUUUAUCCUGAAUUCCUGAUUUUCAGGAUGAGUAUGAGGUGCCAGACCUGAAAAAUCCGAUUAAAUGAAUUUCUGACCCUGUAAAUUCAGUAUGGUUAUCAUAUGACAACCCUGAGAACUCAGUAUAGUGUUCGUGUACCAGCCCUGACUGCUCACUUCUCUGGAAGGCUCUCUUGUUGCUUACCUCGAUAGCAUCGGCAUCAGUCUCUCAAAGGUGUCGGGCAUCAGCACCGACGGUGCCGCAGUGAUGGUUGGAGCCACGAACGGGGUCGUUGGGCGCCUUCGACAGCGGAUCCCGCAUGUGGUUUCUGUCCACUGCAUAGCGCAUCGGUUCGUUCAUGCAUAGACUUCAUAUCCCGUUGAGAAAACCGUGCACUAACCACUGUUUCGUCGUGUUUCUACUCCCGUCCAUCCAGGGAAGCCCUCGCGGCCAGAGAUGCUGCCAACGCGCUGCCUGAGCUGGGAAUUGUGGAUGCCAUCAUCCGCGCGGUUGCUGAGCUGCUGGGGCGUUCACACAACUGGCACAAGAUGUUCAAGGACCUCCAAAAGAUCUUCACGGCGACAAAUCUGGAGAUGCAAGGGAUUCACCUUGUUCGGUGGCUCAGUCGUGGCGGCGCCAUUCUGAGGCUGGUGGCGGUGCUUCCUGCCGUCAUCGUUCUGCUGCACCUCUACGACAAACCCAUGUACCACAUCGUCACAUCGUACAAGUUUCACUUUUUCCUGUACUUCCUCGCCGACCUUCACGAGGAGCCGCUGCCAAACUACACCACUGCCCGCGGCGACAAAGCUUCCUGCACGCUCACCUGUCGCUCCUACGCGACCGAGCUCAUCUACAACGUGCAGCUGCGGCUCGGCGACCUUGAGCGGCUCAACGGCUGGAACCGGACGAGUCUGUGCAACGGGAAGCUGGAGGAUCUGAUGUGCAUGAGUUUGCUAGAGUAUGACAUGAACUGGGAUAGGGUCAUUGAGGUGUGGCGCGGCAUGAAGAAGAGACGGCCAAGGAGGGCCCACCAGAGCGAAGUGCGUGCGAGGAAGUCUGCCAAGGGCAAAGAGAAAGUGGUGGUGUUGUCCGAAGAGGAGCAUGAUGAUGAGGCACGAGCGGACGAUGAGAACAGCUGCUCCAGCAGCGGGUUUAGUUCUAGUGAUGAUGAGGAGGAUGGUGGAAACUUCUGAGUCGAGCCACAUGUAUGCUGCAGUACUG